UACGGCUGAGUGAUUCUCUCUCUCUCUUUUAGGUUUCAAUCACUGGACUAAUAACAUUCUUAGGGCAGACAUAAACCCAGAGACUUUUAAGCAGAGUUGGUGUGACAGAAAAACACACAAAAAAGCAACAACAUGGAUUUGAUGGAGCUGUUUUUCAUUUUUCUUGGUGCAGCAAUGGUUGUCUACUAUGGACUGAAACUCUUUCUUUUUAUGAGGAUACUUUUCCCAAAACAGUUUUUUCCACUACCAAACACCUUUUUCAACUCAAUGGGAGAAUGGGCAGUGGUAACUGGUGCUUCAGAGGGCAUUGGAAGAGCUUACGCAUUUGCGCUGGCUGAGCGAGGAAUGGACAUAGUUAUUAUGAGUCGAACCAAAGUAAAACUGGAUCAGGUAGCCAAGGAAAUAGGUGAAACUACAGGACGAAGGGUCAAAGUGAUAGUUGCAGACUUCUGUGGUGAAACUGUGUUCAGCGGAAUUGAAGAGCAGCUCAAGGACCUAAAUGUUGGAGUUUUAGUUAACAACGUGGGCAUGCUGCCCAGUUACAUCCCCAGAGAUUUCCUUGACGCAGAGGAGCUGGAUAAGAUCAUUACAAAUGUGAUAAACUGUAAUGUGAAAACCAUGGUGAAGAUGUGCAAAAUCAUCCUCCCAGGCAUGGAGAACAGGAGAAAAGGGGUGAUUGUAAAUGUCUCUUCUGGAAUCGCUUCUAUUCCAUUUCCCCUGUAUACUCUUUAUGCCGCAUCAAAGGUGUUUGUGGAGAGAGUUUCUCAAGGUCUGCAAGCAGAAUAUAAGCAUAGAGGGAUUCUUAUACAGGCAGUGGCUCCAUUUGGAGUUUCCACUCGAAUGGCAGGUUACCAGAAAACUAACUUUGUGACUCUGUCACCGGAAGACUUUGUAAAAAGUUCCCUGCUGUACCUCCGUGCCGGUGACAAAACACAUGGCAGUGUGUGUCACACAGUUCUGGGCUGGCUACUGCAGUCUAUCCCACUCAAGCUUCUCCAUGCAGAGACUGUGCUGCAAAGGCUACAAGACUAUGUCAAGAAUAAAUUAGGACAAAAUGAAUCACUAUCUACAUCAAGAGCCAUCUUUGAAAACAGCCCAAAGAAGUAGGACAUAAAAACAACUGCAUUGUGAAGACGUUUGGUUCACUGUGAAUACAUUUAGAAUCAUGGAACAUAGAAAUGUAUAUUACUAUUGUCGUUGUGCCCGUCUAAUUAUGUAUGCUAGAGUACUAACUGCCUGAAGCAUUUAAAGCAUUGUUAUAGCUGAUAACAAUUUCCAGGAAAGCAGCUUUAUCAUUUUUUUCUUCGUUGUUUUAAUAUCGAAAUAAACAGGCGCUCGAAUAAUUUAGACCUCUGCAUGGUACCAAAUAUACAGUGAAGGAAUGUUCAAAACUAUUCAUACUGCACAUUAUUGUCCCUGCUUUCCCUCAAUCAAUCAGCUAAGUUUUGUUUGUGAAAGUGACUGAAUCUUAGCUUUUUGUUACUUUUUUUAUUUGUGUGUCACCUGUUGAAUAUCUAAUUCCCCACGCAAUAAGGAAUUGUGGAAAAAUAAGUGCUGGUGUACUUACUUUUUUUAUUGAUAAGUGAACUGUUCUGUCAAUCACACGGACAAACGAAAAUAAAAAUACUGAAAAACCUUACCACAACACCACUAAUGAUACCCGAACCACACAGAUAUCGCUCAGACAUCAGUUCUUAAAUGCCAUACACUAUUGUAUGUAUUGAUAUCAUUUUCAUGUUAUUUAACUAAUUUCCAGACAAAGGGAAUUUAGAAGUUUUUGUUUGGAGAAACAGAAGUCCAUCUGAUGCUAUUUAAAAGUGUGCACUCGUUUCCCUCUUCCAUUCAGUCUUGGUGUGGAGCAUGUGUCAUAGUUUGUCUGGAGCCUCAUUUGCUGAACCGAAACAACCAUUUUCUUCUGUCAACUCACUCUUUGUAGUAUGUAGGUUUUAAAGUUACGCAAUUGUAACUCUCAUGAGCAUGUUUUAGUCUAAUUUUGGAUAGAGGAGACAUUUGAUCGUGUUGAUCUAGGUCAUCAAUCGUAUUCACAUAAGCAAGAUGUUACGUGGCUGAUGAGCUUCUGCCUGGUUGCUCAUAAAAGAUCCAACAUGGCUUUGAUGGCCUGCCGCAAACAGGAUGAUGUACAGCGUUGUCUACACAAACAUUUACAGAGGAUUCACAGAAUCAUUUGUACUGCAGCUGUCUGACCCAGAAGAGUCCCCGAUCACCGGGGGACCAGCGUUUCUAGCCAUCCAUGAUGAAUGAUCCUCCCCCAUGAGAUAGUGCAGGGGAUAGGAGAAGAGAAGGAGACAGAAUGAGGAAUGGACGGUCAUCAUGACCCCGAGUGUAGAUGAUUCAUUCAUCUUAAAAAGCCAAAGAAUAACUUUUCCAAAUAUUUGAUUUAUCACACAAUUGAUGCGCUGGGGCACUUUUGAAUUUCAGUGAAGAAGCACAUAGGAGCCAGACAUAAAAGGAAGAAAAGCUAAAUUGAUAAAUCAUGAAAUUCUAGAAGGUUUAGUGGGACCAUAGUCAAAAUAGGAAUCCAAAUAAACAAAUAUGCUACCUAUGUUCUACACAUCUGCCAUCAGUGCAAGGAUUUGAAUCCGGUGUGUUGAAGCAUAUUCUAAAAACAGGCAAGUACAGUUAAUCAUGACAUUAAAAUGAUAUAUGGUGUGGGGACGAAACAGUGGCUACUAAUGAUCACAAGAGUACCUCGAAGAGGAAAAACUGUUGUAUGGUCACACUGUAACAAGAGUGAAAGUGUAUGUUCUACGAUUACUUUUUCUUAUGCUGAUGGUGAGAAGUAGUAUAUGAAGUUACCUUGUGUAUACUGUUGGGUCUGCAUGUAACCACAACUACCUGAAUAUGAAAUUACAUGUGUGCUCUUUUGCUUCUUUUAAUUUGAAAAAAAAUUAAUUUGAUUCUUUCAUGAAUCAAAUAAAAAGUGACCCCCCAAAAAGGUGACACAUUUAUUGUUAAAGUAGCUUUCUUCUCAUGAAGAGUUCUUCAAUAAAAA